AUGUCAGCUGCUAUGCAUGAGACGGGUCUCCAGAUGCGCGAGCAACCGCCAGAACUGGUGGAACGAUUUAUUGCCCAAUCGGAGUCACGGGCGCAAAGCCACAGAAGAAAAGACCCCAUGAAUCUCGAAGCCAAAAUUAUGUUCAAGUCUAGGAAAAUUACGAAACGCAGAAGGGAAUCCCAGGAAUAG